AUGAUUCGUGUCACCAAAACAUUUUAGGGAUGUCUGGGCGGCUGGGUAUCACACCUAGUCCCGGGCACGUUUGUGAAUCUCUCGUUGCUUUGAAAUAGCGCUAAGGCGAUUUAUUGGCUCGACAGGGCACCAUAGCCUGCCAUGCGCUGUUUUGUUGAUUUAUAAAGCCUAUAGGCUAUAAUUACCCUACUAUCAUCGGUUUUAGGUAGGAUAUAAGCCAUUGUAUAACGUCUUCUUGUUGUGACGACCAAGACAAUCUCAUUUGAGGGCGCCGUACAAAUAACAGGGCUAUGCAAGCCAUUCAAACAAAGGCACCCGAACACCCCCAUUGACGCACCUGCUGCCCGGUCGCCACUGACAUGACAACGCUGAGCCGAAGGAGCAGGAUCAAAGGGCACCGACCUGCAGCCGGACGCGUGGACUCGAAAAGGAAGGGGGACGUCGGACACGCAGAGAGUAAGCAGCAUCCCGGGGGAGGCCCAAUUUCAGUUUCUGGGGACAAGCACCAAGGGCAGUGCGGCACUCAACAGUCACAUCGGGGAAGGCUGCGGGGAGCUGUUCAGUGUACCUUCCCCACACGCACUCUCCAUUCCGCUCCUACAUUAACGUUCCAUUUCCCCGGUGCGGAAAAAUGCUUGAAAACAACUGCUUGAUUUGAUAUGGAAUGUCUGUAUUCAAAAUGAUGUCUCUAUUUCGUUUUCUUCUACCCAGUAAUUUGCCCUCAUCAGUGAUGGGUAAAUGAAAAGAUUGAUAUUGAUUUACAAGCUGGAUGGAAUCCGAGAGGGACUGAUGUGCAUACUGGUCAGGUAUCAUCUUCUUCCUCCGUCUCUGGUUCUGCUUACUCUGCUACUUGCCAGCACAAUGGGCUGUAUCCAGAGCAUUGCCUGCAAGCCGCGCAUUAGAAGGGAGAACAUUGUAGUCUACGAGGUUUCGGCCUCCAUUGACCAGUGCCCAACGGUGAUAGAGGAGAACUCGCCCAUAGUGCUGCGGUAUAAGACACCUUACUUCAGGGCCUCUGCCGGGAUCGUGAUGCCUCCGGUGCCCCGCAAUGAGACCUGGGUGGUGGGUUGGAUCCAGGCUUGUACACAAAUGGAGUUCUACAAUAAUUAUGGGGACAUUGGCAUGUAAGUUCUGAGUUGUUGUCAUCUACCAUCAGUCAUCUCGAAAUGCCACUCAUUCAUACUCUGACACACUCUCUCACAUACACACACACACACACACACACACACACACACACACACACACACACACUUAAGUGCUGUGGGCGUAGUGUGUGUGUGUGUAUUGGCCUAGCCUUUAGUUCAGUGGGCUAACACAGUCUUGAGUCACUUGGCCAGUCAAUCCUAGUCCAUCACAUGUGCGCUGUAAUACUGUCUGUUUGUAUCAGUUGUAGACCUGGGUGAAUUUCUAGCGCCUGUGAAAUUAUAGCCAUGCAUGGCCUACUAUAAAAACAGAGUCCCAUUAAGUGAGGUCUUGCACAUAUAUCAUGUUCUGUUGUAUUGUUUUGUAUAUUACUAAGACAUUCUCUCUGCAUGUCCACUACCCAAGGUCCAGCUGGGAGUUACCAGAGCUCCGUGAGGGCCGGGUCAAGGCCAUCAGCGAUUCGGAUGGGGUCAGCUACCCCUGGUAUGGCAACACCACUGAGACGGUUACCCUUACGGGCCCCACGUCCAAACCGUCGCGCCUCACAGUCAGCAUGAAUGACAAUUUCUACCCCAGUGUGACCUGGGCCGUGCCCAUCAGCAACAGCAACACACCCAUGCUGUCACACAUCACCCGAGACCAGAGCUUCAUCACCUGGCUGGUUGCCAUCAACUCUGUCACCAAGGUAGGCUUCAGAAGAUGGACCUCCUUGGAUUUUGUGUACUGUUCUGUUUAGUUGUAUGUUUUAUUAUCUUAAAGGGAUAGUUCACUUAAAAAUCAAAGUUUGUCAGAUGUUCUCAGACUUCUAAAGUGGUCUAAUCUCAAGAUAAAUCCACAUCCCACACAUCCCACACCAUAUGUAGCUCAAUCCCAAAUGAAUGGGAAAGAUUAGCACCAUCUAAUUAGUUUGAGGGACACAACGAAUGGUGUGUGCAAUGUGGACUCAUCCCAACAUACUUGAGGUCUGACCUUUGUCUGAAAACAUCUGACAAACUGUGAAGUGAACUAUCCCUUUAAAUGAGUGUUUUCCAUUAUGUUCCUGGAGUACCCCCAGGACUGUACAUGUAUGUUGUAGCUCAGUGUUAGUUCUAGACUAGAACAAAAAUGUACAACCUUGGGGUCAAAGUAGGCUACAGAUUGUGAAACACUGCUGUAAGUGCUAACUGUAAAGCACUUUGGGUUGCAGCAUAUUACAUGAAAGUUGCUAUAAAAGUUAACUUUACUAUUAUAAUUUUUCGGACUUUCCAGGAGCGCAUCGUGCUGCAGACGGUGCGGUGGCGGAUGCGGGUGGACAUUGCCGUGGACCCUGACAUGCCCCUGGGCUCCCGGGCCUCCCUAGUAUGCCGUCCUCACCAGGAGCAACCCCACAUUCUCAACUACCAGGAGCCAAUACCCCCCAACGCCCUAGGACAACCCAAUGCCAAUGAUGCCCAAGUGCUGAUGUGGAGGCCCCGCAGAGGGGCGCCCCUAGUGGUGAUACCGCCCAAAUAA